ACCACCGAAGAAGUUUCUCUACUGGUUCGCAAGAAACUUGGACAUCAUGAGUUACUUCACCUGCCUCGCGGUAUUCGUGUGUCUGGUGGCAAAUGGUUGGACACAGUUUGCGGGACUGGAGGGGUCCAUAAAGGUGGAGUGGUUGCGGGUAGUGAACCCCACCCUUAAUGUCACCGACAAAGCGUACAUCUGGGAAGCGGACUUUGGCAUGAGCUACAGCUCGAAGAGCAAGGAGUUGAACGCAGCUGGUAUAACGAGGAGCCGCUCCCACACGGAAUUCAACAUGGCGAAGAUCGCAACAAAGCUUCGAAGGGAUGUUGGUAAAACGUGCUUCCUCCUCGACGUCUCACCCGCCCUCAUCGGUACCUUCAGUGCAACAAGCACCGCUUUGCAGGCACUCACAGUGUUAAACACGACUGUGGAGAAAAGCUACCAAACAGCUGGAGCUAUCAUGGACGCAGCCAGUCAAAGUGCUUUCGAUUUGAAACAUCCCUUCAUUCAAAAGCAGUGUUCCCGCUCAGGCUACAACUACGUGGCGACCACCGAAAUGGCGGCAGGAGCCCCUCCCCCAGCUGCAAGUGAUAAGUUCACUUAUCUCACCUCGUGGGGGACUGUGCAUCUCUACAUCCUUCGGUCAACUGGUCUUGUGACAACCACCACUGCCACCCCUCCUUAAAAGUUGUCCACAUCAUCUUGUAUCUCUCCAGAAUAA